UUUUGUUUUCAGUCAUAUCGCAAUCAUUAGAUUGCCUUGACUUGAACACAGCCAUAUCCUUUCAAAACAUAAAUCGCAUCAACUUUAUCAUUGCAAUCUCUCCUCUCUCUCUUUCUCUUUCUCUCUCUCUCUCGCCUUCGCUGUGGUUUAAAUUUCGGUGAGAGAUCGAAGCUAUGUCUCAGACCGUUGUUCUCAGAGUGGCUAUGUCAUGCGAGGGAUGUGUUGGAGCUGUGAAAAGAGUCCUCGGAAAGAUGGAAGGCGUGGAGUCAUUUGACGUGGAUAUAAAGGAGCAAAAAGUGACAGUGAAAGGCAACGUGCAGCCAGACGCGGUUUUGCAGACAGUAUCAAAAACAGGAAAGAAAUCGGCUUUUUGGGACGCCGAGGCUGAGUCCGCCAAGGCCUAAGGAGAAGCAGAGCAUUUCAUGCGACUCUGUUUUUCUAAUAUCUCUAUGGAAUCUUUUUCUUUUUUUUUCUACUAUUUACUAUGACUUGUGGCUGAGCAUUGCUGCCUUCUAUUAGUUAUUGAAAUGCUUUCCUUAGAAACGUUGUAUCCCAAGAUAUAAUAUCCUCCAUCAAAUGCAAAAGGUUCUUUAGUUAUCUU